CCACGUCCGCCAUUUUGUUUUGGACAGCAUUGAGAUCCUAAUAUAUUAUUGACGAUAAAUAGUGUUUAAACGUUUUUCGACCUCUAUUACAAACUCUGAGCACACAGAGUAAACACUUUUAUAGAAAAGUAGUGUGGUUGUGUAUGAUAAAUCAAACAGUAACAGUUUAAUAAUGGGCAACGUAUUUGCGCAGCUGUUCCGGGGUCUGUUUGGUAGGGCUGAAAUGAGAAUUCUGAUGGUUGGUUUGGAUGCUGCUGGUAAAACUACAAUCCUAUACAAGUUGAAGCUUGGUGAAAUUGUCACAACCAUCCCAACAAUUGGUUUUAAUGUUGAGACAGUGGAAUAUAAAAACAUCAGCUUUACAGUGUGGGAUGUUGGUGGUCAAGAUAAAAUUAGGCCACUGUGGAGGCAUUACUUCCAGAACACACAAGGACUUAUUUUCGUAAUAGACAGUAAUGAUAGAGAAAGAGUUGGAGAAGCAAGAGAAGAAUUGAUGCGUAUGUUAAAUGAAGAUGAACUGAGGGAUGCCAUUCUUUUGGUUUUUGCCAACAAACAGGAUUUGCCCAAUGCUAUGAAUGCUGCAGAAAUAACAGAUAAGUUAGGACUUCAUUCUCUUCGCAAUAGACAAUGGUUUAUUCAAGCAACCUGUGCCACAAGUGGAGAUGGAUUAUACGAGGGUCUUGAUUGGCUGUCCAACACACUCAAAAAGAAACCUUAAUAUGUGCAAACAAUAGACUCUCCUCCUCAAUCAUUUGUUUUAAAUUAACUUGAACAUUCUUGUAGUACUAAAUAAAAGGGAAUUUCUGAAAGAUAUUUUUUUUACCAAAAUUUGAAAUAUUGGCUUUUUUUUUCUUCUUUUGAUUAAUUCUAAUGCCAUAAUUGAUAUUCAUCAGUAGAAGUUAACAAUAAUUUUAGAACCGUCUGGUUGUAAAUUUAAAGAAACAAAAUUCUAUUGUGAAUCAGCAUUACUGUUUGUCUACCAUGUACUACAGUGAUGACUUGUGUAACAAAUUUCCUAUCAGUUAAUAGUCAAAACCAUUGCUUUAUGUUUUGAAUUAAAGAUUAUGCUGUUGUAUUUUUACUAUGACAGUUUAAAAUGUGUGAUAUGUAUUGUCACUUUUUGAAUGACUUAAUUGUUGAGUGUAAGCAUGAAUUUUUUUUUUAAUACAUCAUUUGCGAUGUUGGGAUUGUGACGUGGUUAUGCUCAUAUUCUCAUCUAUACCAGACUUGUGGGGAAACUUUUCAUUGGUCAUAUUUGUUAAGUUUGACUUGAAUGUCAGAGUGUGCUGAACAGAACAAUAAUUGUAAAGAAUUGAGUCCACCAUCUGACAUGUACAGUAAAUGUUGGGGCCCCAACUGCUGUGUGUUGCAACCUACAGCUCAUUGAUCAUACUUUGUAACUCUGUACUGACUGAAUGUCUUGAUGCCGUAGACUCUUCUGUCUUGCUUCAUUUAGGAACAUGUGGUUUGUACUAAGUAUUUUCCUCUUUCACCCUCCCCUCUAUUGAUUGGCAACAUUUAUGCUGCACAUUCCAAAUGUUUGAGAAGAAAGUGCCCACGUUAGUACUGUUGGGGAGUAGUCAGGAUGCUGGUUUUCAUUUCUAAAUUUAGAUACAAAUUUACAGAUUAUCUUUUUUUUUUUUCUAUUACACCAAUUUUGUAUUAUUGUAAUGCUUGUGGUGUGAAUAUCUGAUGUGAUUUUUUUUUGUUUAAUUGUGAAUGUGUGUAUUUAUUAAAUCCGUUUUUGUUUUCAUUUUGUAUGAAAGGAUUAAAGUCAGUACUAUUCAUAA